UGUCCUGAAACUUUCUUUUUAAGAACUUCGGGAACUUGUCGUCGGAUAUUUGGCAAUGUUCCAAAAAGCCACUGGAAAAAAACAAUAGCCGCUCCUCGCUAUAAAACGGAUAAUUUGCAACAAACUCUUGCAGGCUUUUAAGCAAUACGUGCUUUCAACUGGAGUGAACUUUUUUCUCUAAAUGGUAGUUGAAUGAGCAGUCAGUCGGAUAUAGAAGAAAGUCAAGAAACUUCAUCGACAACGUAUUUUGUGGAAAAAUGUCCACAACUUGGGAGGUAUUUGGCUGCAGCUCGAGACCUCCGUAAAGGAGAAAUAAUUUUUCAAGAAAAUCCUAUCGCUGCUGCCCCACAGAAAAACUCUCAACUGAUUUGCCCAGGCUGCUUUAGCCCAGCAAAUAUUGAGUGCCCCAAAUGUGGUUGGCCAAUAUGUUGCUUAAAUUGUCCUAAAUUGGAAAGACACCGGGUAGAAUGUGUAGCAAUUUCCAUUCGAGACGCCAGAAACAGAAACAGCGGCGCUACCCGAUCUGCUCAGGACUGGAUUUUAUAUCAGGAUACACUAAUGCUUUUUCGAUGUCUCAGUUUGAAAUCUGAAAACAAGGAAAAAUGGAACACGUUGCUGGAAAUGGAGAGUAAUUGGGAGCAGUGGUCCAAAUCACCCCUAUAUGCAAACGCCCAGGAAACAAUUCAACGCAUUCGAGAUCAGUAUGGAAUUUCAGAAGAGUGCCACGACAAUCGUGAAAUACUGCAUAUUUUGGCCAUAUUUGAUAUCAAUGCAUAUGAAGUGAAAAUGCCAGAUGUUAAUAUUCAGGGCUGCUAUCAGUUAGCAAGCUUAGCAGAACACUCUUGUAUCCCAAAUGCAUUUAAAGCCACAAGCAGUAGCACCCUUCUGCUGACUAUGAGGGCCUUAUCCGAUAUUCCAAAAGGGGCACACAUUGCCACCACAUAUUGCGAUGUGCUUUUGCCAACCAGUCAACGUCAGAGAAAUCUGACAUGGUCCAAGUUUUUUUAUUGCCAUUGUCUGCGUUGUACUGAUUCCACAGAACUUGGCUCCUACAUUUCUUCGUUUUUGUGCCCAGAUUGUCCUGUUAAUAGUGUUUCACCUCUAACGCCAAUUUUAUCACCCCAAACCGACAUCAUCAAAGAGGACGAGGAGGAAGACGACAUGUGGAAGACUACAUACAAAGACCAUCAGUGCCAGACUUGUGGAUCAAUUUUUCCUGCACAUCGUUGUGAAAGUUUUAUGAUUUUAGCUGAACAGCAAUUGAUGGAUAUAGAUAAAGAUUGUUCUGUUGAAAACAAGAACAUUGCCGAUUUUGAGAGUUGGCUGGAGCACUGGACUCUAUAUCCUGCUGCCAAAAUUCCUUUGACUGAAUACUAUCAGCAAUCCACCACCAGGCCAACAAUGCAAGUUUGUUCAUCUGCUAACAGGAAUAGCAAAAGAAGCGGUAGAAUAAAGUACAGUACCUCCCAAUUGGUGUACUUACAUCCUCAACAUGCUUUAUCGUUGGAUGCGUGCCAUACUGCCUUUCUCUUGUAUUCUUCUGAAAGCUUGUUCAUGAACGAACUAACUAGAAAGAGUUCGCUUGGAAUGCAUUUACUACAGUCAACGGCCAGUAUUUUUAGAGGUAUCUCAAUGUUUAGAGGAACGAUAAUGUACGAAUUGGCAAUGACUAAGGCAGCCAUAUUUGCAAGAGCAGCAGGUGUGGAACCAAAAUCUGAUAAUCAUAAUGAAGAGGUUGACUUAAAAACACUAGCCAAUGAAAUUAUUUGCCUACUAACUGAAUCUCUUGAAAAUUUGCAAUAUGAAUCUGAAGACCAGCCAGAAGGACGACUUUUUACACUUGGAUUGAAACAACUUGAAGAUUUUAAAAUAUUUUUCAAAGAAAUUGUACCAGAUUUGAGAUUUUGAUCGAGUUCUCCGAAUCUUGCAAUAAAUAUGUAUAUACAAACUCCA